AGGCCUUAUUUCUUUUGAAGUAAGAGAUCAAAAAAUUCCUCUGCGUAACCGAAAGCUCUCACGCGACCUGGCUUCCUCCUUUCUAACGUGUUACACAAGUUGUAGGAAACGGUGAAGCCUUGGCUAAUUUUGAAUCUUGGGUGUCUGAGAGUAAGAGUAAUUAAUAGUUUUAUAAAAAGGGGAGAUAAAUUUGGUGAGGGUGGGGGAAAAGUGUGGUUGGGAGAGUGGAGGCGAAGAGGAAAAAAAUCGAUGAAGAAAAACCCUAGGAUCGGGAUCGAGGAGGCCGUGUAGAUGCAUGUCGGGGGAAUAACGGUGGAUCUAAAUUGGUUCCUGCAAUUCAUAUUUACGCUUUUUAUAUUCGCAUUGGGGGCUCUCCACUUGCUCAAGAACACGGCGUCGAAGUACUUCGAAGUCGACGCCAAUUUCGAUCGUGACCAAACAAUGCGUUCAAUUCCCAUGGACCCAGACCUCUCUCCUUGCGCCGUUUGCUCUAAUCCCGCCUCCAAGAAGUGCUCUCGUUGCAAAUCUGUUCGUUAUUGCUCCUCAGCUUGCCAACAGGUGCACUGGAAGGCUGGGCAUAAGACAGAGUGCAAAGUAAAGUCAGCACAGACUGUAAGCACAAAACCAUUUUUAGGAGUUGCUCUGGUUCCUGCCAGUGGAACCUUUACGGUUAUCAAGAAGCCAAGAGAGGUUCUUUUUCCAUAUGAUGAAUUUGUAAAACUUUUUAACUGGGAGAAACCAGGAUUCCCUCCAUGUGGACUCUUAAAUUGUGGAAACAGCUGCUUUGCCAAUGUGGUUCUGCAAUGCCUUGUAUCCACUCGACCACUUGUUGCUUACUUGUUGGAAAAAGGCCAUCGGAAAGAAUGCAGACGUAAUGAUUGGUGCUUUAUGUGCGAAUUUCAAACUCAUGUUGAAAGAUCAAGCCAAAGUCUGCAUCCUUUUUCACCAAUUAACAUUCUCUCGCGGUUGCCUAAUAUUGGAGGUAAUCUUGGUUAUGGAAGACAGGAGGAUGCACAUGAAUUCAUGAGGUUUGCUAUUGAUACAAUGCAAUCAGUUUGCCUUGAUGAAUUUGGUGGAGAAAAAGCUGUUGAUCCUAGCUCUCAAGAGACGACCCUUAUUCAGCAUAUAUUUGGUGGUCAUCUACAGUCGCAGGUGAUUUGUACAAAUUGCAAUAAGAUUUCAAGCCAAUAUGAAAAUAUGAUGGAUUUAACUGUUGAAAUUCAUGGAGAUGCUUCAUCGUUGGAGGAAUGCCUUGAUCAGUUUACUGUUAAAGAGUGGCUUCAUGGAGAUAAUAUGUACAAAUGUGAUGGCUGCAAUGACUAUGUCAAGGCAUGGAAGCGCCUUACUGUACGAUGGGCUCCUAACGUUCUUACCAUUGCCUUGAAAAGAUUUCAGAGUGGCCGGUUUGGGAAACUCAACAAAAGAGUUAGCUUUCCUGAGACCUUAGAUCUUACCCCUUAUAUGAGUGAAGAUGGAGAUGAUUCCAAUGUGUACAAACUUUAUGCAGUUGUUGUCCAUGUGGAUAUGCUGAAUGCAUCCUUUUUUGGUCAUUACAUCUGCUACACAAAAGAUUUCUGUGGAAACUGGUAUAGAAUUGAUGAUUGUAAGGUUACGAGGGUUGAAUCGGAAGAGGUACUUUCUCAGGGAGCAUAUAUGCUUUUAUAUAGCAGGAUUUCUGCACGCCUGUCAUGUCUUAGAACCUCUGGACCUCAGAGGAUGGAUGAACAGAAACCAAUGAAAGCUGAACUAGAGCAUUGUCCAAAGGAACAAAUUGAAUGUGUACCUGGAAAAGAUUCUGUUAAUUCUUGUAAUCAUUCUGCGUCCCUGUCACUAAAUGGCAGUUUGCAUUCAGAAAUUCCUAGGCAUGGAGUUGAGUCAUCUAAUGGAAUGAUUGGUGAUGCUGUUCCUGGACGUAAGGAUGGUGAUGUGGUUAAGUCAAAUUCAUAUCUCUCUAAGGAGGUUUCCAUCUGUUCAAAUGAGUCACCUUUCCAGAUUGAUUCAAAAGCCAGUGGAGUAAAUGGUGCAGAUAUGGAUAGGGUUGAUUCUACAACAGUGAGAGAAAAUCCGGAGAAUAUGGACACCAUUAGUGCUCAGCCAUCAUCUUCUGAUACAAAGAAGGUUCCUAGCUGUGAUAAAGAUCUGGUUGUUGCAGCCAGUUCUGAAGCUGUAAGAGAACACCCAGAAAGUACGAAGAUGGUUGAAGUGGAGCAAUAUUCAUCAGUUACAAGAGAAAUAAAAUGCUGUGAGCCAGAUUCGCAAGUAACAAUUGAUUAUGUAAUGGAAGACCCAGAAGACAGCUCUGAACCAAGUCCAUCACUCUCAGGGGAUAGCAGCAGCAGUUUUUCAUUUUCAGAUGAGACAUCUCCGGCCACCAGAACCACUGGCUUGAAACGUGAAUUAUCCUUACAACACGAACGAGGGAAUGGGAUCAAGAGAGCUGAAAUAGCGGAUGGCAGUUAGCAAUAAUUGGCUGCAAUCUCUCGCUAAUUGUUUUGUUCAUAAUUUUUUUAAUCAUCCCAUCAUCGAAAGAAAAGAAUGAGUUGGGUGUCUUUAUCUGGGGUUUCGUUAUUUACAGAAAUCUCAGAUUCUAUUGUACCAAUUUUUAGAUGGCCCAUAACCAUUACAUAACGGAAGAAUAUGGUCACAAUCAUUAGCAGGAAUUCCUUUGCUAAUACUUUUAGCUCAGCCCUUGAAUUACUUGUUAGUCUUUUAAGCUAUUAGUGGACGUAUCCAACUUUGGCAUUACCUUUGUCAAUUUACUUUGCAACCAA